AUGCUGUCCGGGCCCUCCUUUGUGCUUCAGAACUACCACCCUGAGUGUGAGGCCGCCGUCAACACCCACAUCAACGUACACUUCCACGCCUCCUACGUGUACUCGUCCAUGGCCUUCUACUUCGACCGUGAAGAUGUGGCCCUGAAGCACUUCAGCCAGUUCUUCCUGCAGAGGUCAAACAAGGAGAAGGAGCACGCCGAGAGGCUGAUGAGGCUGCAGAACCAGCGCGGGGGCCGAAUCCGCCUGCAGGACAUCAGCAGUCCUCCCUGGGACGAAUGGGACAGCGGCCUGAGGGCCAUGGAGUGUGCCUUUCACCUGGCGAAGGAAGUGAACGACAGCCUGCUGAGUCUGCACCAGCUGGCCACCAAGAAGGGGGAUGGCCACCUGCGCGAUUUCCUGGAGAAUCACUACCUGCACCAACAGGUGAUGUUCAUCAAAGAGUUGGGGGACCACGUCAUCAAGCUGCGCAAGAUGGGAGCUCCGGAAUCCGGCCUGGCAGAGUACCUCUUUGACAAGCUCACCCUGGGUGACGGGAAGAAGAACUGA